AGAAAAUUUGCACAAUCUUCUUUUCUUUAAUAUCGAUAUCUUCUUCCACGAUAAUGCUAUAGAUCCAGAAGAAGAGCACACAGGGUUUUCUCUGGUAUAAAUUCGACAAAGCUGUACUUUAAGAACAGAGCAAGAAACCGAACAUAUCUUGUGUCUUUUAAGGGAAGGUGUAGAUGGCAAGAAGACAAGUGUUUCGUUUUCAAAUGUUGUUGGUUUUAGCUCUUCUUUACCUCAUGAUCUCAUGGAAGCCUGUUCUGAUCACUGCAAGAACUGAGAAGUUAACAGACCUUGAAACCAAAGGACAUGAGUUUAAUCAGAUUAGCCAACUGAGACGCACUGAAACUGAUCCUAAGAGAAGAACAAGGACAAGGAGGAUGAUGAUGGACGUUGAAGAGAUUAACGAUUAUCCAGGAUCAGGUGCUAACAACCGCCACACUCCUCACUGUUCUGAAUGCUAAUUCCAAAUUUCUUGUUAAUUCUAGCUUCUAAAUAUAUUGUAAUAAUCUUUUUAUAUGAUAUGUAUCAAGUUUUAAGACAAUGGAAUCUUAAUCUAAAAGGCUAUGUGAAGAUAUCAAAUAUUUGAUAACA